AUGGUUCGCUCCACCUCGCACUACCGCUACUGCGCGUCCAAGGCGCUCUCGGCUCGCUGCCUCGUAGUGCCGGGCGUGGGCGGCAAGUGGAACAUGCUACUUUUGCUGCCCACAGAUCGACGCGGUGUGCACGCCGUGGAGUACCGGCUGGACGCCGAGGCGCUGCAGCAGGCAGUGAGUAGUUGCGAGGAGACGCUCGUUGAACUGAGCAUGCCCAACAUCGAGCUCGAGAGCUCCGUGUCACUGCGGGAAGUGCUCAAGCGGGCCGGCCUGGCCGAUCUGUUCGUCCCGGAGAAGGUCGACCUCAGCAACCUGUUUAAAGAGGGUGGCGAGCAGCUUACCGAGUUCGUCCACAAGGCCAAACUCGAGGUCAGCAAGGUGGGCCACGAAGGGGAGUACCACGGCGUCACGGUAUUCACGGAAAAUUGCGAAUACCCCAGCGCGCCUAUCGAGUUUCACGUGAACCACCCAUUCGUGUUCGUGCUGUACGAACCGGUCAGCAACACGACCCUCUUCAUCGGGAGGGUCGUCGAUCUAAUUUGGUAG